AUGGCAGCCUGGCGAGCCUCCGGGACCGUGCUGGCAAUGCUGGCGGUGCUGGCAGCGCGACCGCUUACUGUUCGCGCUGAUUAUGAGCUGAUGAAGGGGGAAGCCGAGGGUCAGGCACCUGAAGCCCGUUAUUGCCCCUUCAACUCUGACAACAAGGUUGUGCGGUUUCAAAGCCUGUACACGCCCCUCAGCCUGCAAGCAGCUGGGCUCCCUGAAUAUCAGACGCUUCGCAAUGUUGGUUUGAUGGUCAAGGUGGCUGCCACUUCCGGGUUUGACUUGCCUGCUCUCAGCAACAUUCGUCUGGCCUAUUCCUGGAUCGACGGCUUCUUGACCGCAUCCAACCUCCUUCAAAACUACGGCUCUGAUACGACCUUUGCAUACAUGACGCCAACGGUGUGCAACACGUGUGCCAAUCAAACCCGUACCGUGGACUCUGAUGAGCUUGUGCAAGGCACUCGAGUCGUCUUUGACAUUGAAUUCUGCAACUUGCAAUGGGAUGGCAGCAGUGGCCUCCUCCUCGAGUUUAGUAUGGACGCCGAUGUAGCAGCUACCGGUAGCAGUGGUCCCCCCGUCCCCGCCUCAGCUCGCAUUGGCUUCAAGGAUGUGACCCACAGCAGUGGCAGCGUAUACGCCCAAAUUCCACUUUCGCAAGCCAGCUGCUGGAAUUCAGUUCCCUAUCCAUGGGGCCAGCCUGGAAACUGCCCGGCCAGUCCCGCGGACGGCGCGUGGAUGACCGCCGUCAAAAGGAACAUUGUUAUGGACGUGGCCUUUGACGUGGGCAUCACGACAGCAACGACGACGACGACCACUCCCGCCACCACUUCUGCAUCCACCACAGCAUCACCCCCCGAUCCCUCUUCUUCCUCCGAACCGGGACCUGCCAGCACCUGUAACCCCAAUGCGGGCCUGUCGACUCUGCCGCGCACCUCCCCCGCCACUACCACAGAGACGAGUCUAUUAAGCGCGUGCUCAUGGUUAUUGCAUUUUGCUGCCCUCGGGCAAACAAACCAAGCAGCAUCAAAGGGCAAGAAUCUCUGCAGCCAUACAGAUAACGACUAUGACACGCUCGUGGCCGUGGCCAUUAUCGGUUGGCUUGCAUUCGCCUUUGUACUCGGCUAUGGCAUAUAUCAACACGUGCGCCACCAACGCCACCAGGGCCCCGUAUACGACAAUGUGAAUUUCGGCAAAAUGCCUCAGCCUGGCAACGUUGCCCUGGACCCCACGUCAACCCAGUCAGACUUGCCACUCACUGUAUCCACGGACUUUGAUGAGGCUGCGGCUGGAUCUGGCAAAAUGCUUCACCGCGAUCGCGCAGAUACCUCGGGUGUAGACGAGUCGAAUAUCUAG